AUGGAGGACGCCACCGCGAUCGUCCCCGACCUGAUGGAUCUGCUACUGGCUUUCCGACCUGGUGAAUGGAUCAUCCCCGAGGCGCUGACCAAGUCGUUGACCCCACUGUGGGACCAUGCGAGAUCCGAGUGGUGGAGAUUGGACUUGGGAUCCGAUGUAGAGAGGAUGGGAGCCAUGGGAUGCUGUGAGGGUGGGAAUGACCCCCCCCGGGUCUCCUGCAGGGGUCGGCCGGCCGAAGGCGUGGGGCAGGAGACCGGCAGGGGUCUUGUGGGCGUUGGCGGGGCCAACGCGGUCAGCGGCACAUCGUCGCUUCGGAGGGAUGGGGCGGGAUUGGAUGGCGUUGCGGGGAAUGCGCACGCGGUGACUGGAAAUUGCAGGUUCCAUUACGCGGCGGUGUGCGACGGACACGGGGGGGAUGACGUGGCCAGGCUGGUGGCAGCCAACCUGCACCUGCACGUGAGGAGGGCGUUUGAACAGUGGAUGUCCAAACGGCGCAACGGCUCCUUGGCACCAGCUGGGGGGCUGGAAGCGGUGGCGAACGCGGUGCGGCUGGCCUUCCAAACGAUGGACGAGGAUCUGAUGGGGCAGGAAUGCGUGGGCUCAACGGCGGUCGUCGCUUUGGUCAGCGAGUCAAUUCUGUGCCUGGCCAACUGUGGGGAUUCCAGAGCCGUGCUGUCGAGGGGCGGGGCUGCGUACAGACUCACGCGGGAUCACAAGCCCGACUUGGAGGAUGAGCAGGAGAGGAUAAGGAGAUGCGGAGGGGAGGUCGUGCACUUCAACGGCCCGCGAGUCAUGGGUCAAUUGUCCAUGUCUCGAGCGCUGGGCGACCAUUUCCUCAGGGAAGCGGGGGUCAUAUCGGAUCCCGAGGUGACGGUCAUCGGCCGCGACCAAAGGGACGAGCUCUUGGUGCUGGCCAGUGACGGCCUGUGGGACGUGAUGUCGGACGAGGAGGCCAGUACAUUGGCGCGCAAGUGCCUAAGGCGGUCAAAAGAGCGGGAAACGGCGCCAGAGACAGCAGUGCGGGUGGCGGCGAAGGUCCUAAUUAGGACAGCUAUAGAUAGGGGAUGCAGAGACAACAUCACCGUCACCGUCAUUGACUUGAGCUGCGGCGGGUAG